UUGUCGUCGCACGUCGGCAUGCUGCCGGGGCUGACCUGUCAGCCCGGUUUGCCGGCAGCAACGACGGUAGCAGCGGGCCAUCAUCAUCCGGAGCAGCAUCCGCAGUUGGGUCAUGUAGCUGCCGCUGCCGCCGCCGCCGCUGCUGCCGCCGCCUCGAUGGGCAUGGAUUCCUCGGAGCUGAUGGCGGUGGCUCAUUACCAGGCUCAACAGUUGCAACGGCAAUUGCUGGCCGAGCAGUCUGGUCCAGGCGCCACGAUGCUGCCGCCUACGUCUGCUCAGUCGACUGGUGGAGGCUUGACGCAGCCGCAGGGACUCCAGGGGCAGCAGCACGGUCAACUCCAACCGGGCCAGGAUCCGCUACAGAGCCUGGUGCAGCAACUGCUUUGCUUACAGCAGAUCGAGUAUUUUCUCGCGCAGCGCGGUCACAAGUAAUUUCAUUUGAGAGAGGGAAUCUCUCACGUGGAAACGAGACAGCACAGACGGACCAGAAAAACAACGUUUGUAAUUCAAAUUGGGACUUGGACGAGAAAUGCAUUUUGUGUUGGUGAAGUGCUGAUUUAUCGAUAAAUAAAUUCCGCGUCAAUGAGUGACCAUCCGCCGCUGCCGCCGUCGAUUCUGCGGCGUUGUUGAGAAUGAAUGCGAGGAUAAAUCUAUUUCGGCGGUGUCUGCUCUCGAAUUCGUAAGAUUUCUCCAAUUUUCGGACGGAGGGGAGGCGCGGUGUCUUGGAGUCCGCUACGACGAUACGGGAAGGUUGUGGAGAAUCCGAAUGAGCGGCAAAUGAAAGAGAGGAGAGCGAAAGUUGCGCCUUGGAUCUCGUUUCUCGUGGAUCAAAUAUAUCUCUUUGGGACACCGUGCGGAUGGACGGUGAUCUCCAGGAUAGAGGGAGGUCGAGCGUUUUAGCGUGUGAUAAAAAAACUUUAUGUCAAAAAUUAUAUUAAAUAUGAAAGGUGGAGUGGUAUGACUGUGCGGUCAAAUGGUCGCUGUCGAAGAAAGAAGAAGAGAAAAAGAAAGAACGUUAACGCCACACGCGUCAGGGACGAUUAUCCGCUUUGGCGUGAGCUGUGAAUGAAUCUCUAUCCGUCACCAGUAUUUAAUAGAAUAAAUAAAUAUAAAAUAUUGUAAGAAUUAUAUCGUAAGUAUUUGUGCAAACGGUAGUGUGCAAGUUCAAGAAUGGACGUUGUGACAGUGAUCCGAGAUGUGUGUGGGAGAGAGAAAGAGAAAAGGAAAAAAUGUGUGUGCGAAUGAGCGAAUAAGUGAGAGAUAGAAAGAAUGAGGGAGAGAGAGAGCGAGACGGAAAGUAAUAUUUAACUUGAAAAUUUUUUUUGCGCGCGGACAGAUCGAACGAGAGAACAGCACUGAUGCUUUGCUGAUUUCUCAGGUCUCGUAGAAUAAUUUUAUUAUUCGUUAUAUAUUUAACAUUUCGCUUUGCGUAUUAUUACAUAAUUAUAAAUAUAUAAUAAUAAAAUUCUACAACGAGUAUGUUCUGGAAUCAGCGGGACAUUGGUAUUUGGUCUGUUCUCGCAUUUAAAAAAUCUUUACGUCGAAUGUGACUUUACAGUAUAUCGCGGUACGACACGUAGCAUAGCACGUACCCACGUCUUACGAAUUAUAUGUAACUUUUAACUUUUUAUGGAAUAUACCUAAGUGAAUAAUUUACGUUCACACUGAUCUGAUCGUGCUUCUAUUUUUAAUGCCAAGAUGGUGACAUUAGGACUUUUAUGAUUUUAUUUGACACAUUAAUAAUGCGCGGUGAUUCGAUACUUAGUACAAUGUACGUCAGAUGAAGAUACAUACAUGCGCAUACAAACACGUACGUUAAUGUACACGUAAAUCUUUAUUGAGUAAAGUUCCUUGCGCGUUACAUAUUAUCAUCAUGUAUGUUCCUCAUUAAUAUGUUUAUAUGCGUCGCAUUUGUUCCUAUUUUUAUAUUACUCUUUGUGAUUCGUCAUGUUCCCUUUUUUUAUUUAAAUGACUUUUGAAAGACAUCAAAUUUUUAAUCAUUGAUUAUCAAAUUAAUCGAUGUUUUGCUCUUUUAAUCUGAUUUGUUUGUGAAUCUUUUUAAUAACUUGUUUUUUAACACGUUCAAAAUCAAAAUAAACUUUUAUCUAAGUUUAUUAUUUGGACAUUUACUUAACAUUUUAAUAAACUUAUGUGAACUUUUUUAAAAUUUUUUGAGCUUAUUAACAUUAUUUAAUAAAGCACGGAAAAAAUAGACCAAUGAGUGUGGUUUACGUUCACGGAAAACAACAGUCCGUUUUGGAUGUUAAUUAUUCACUAGUUACACUUGACUUCAAGUCUCGUCAACGCAAAUGUUUUCUUCGAGAGUAAUUAUAUAUACAAAUUAGCUACAUGUGAAUUCAAUUUUACGAACAUUUGAUUUUAUGUACUCUUUAAAUCUUUAAUUGGUUUUUUAAUUUUUUAAAUGUUGUAUGAUUCGUCAAUGCGUAUAAUUUAACUGAAAAUUUAAAUUAUUUAGUAUUGAUAUUAUAUGUAUAUCCACGAUCCAAAGAGCAAGACAUUAAUGACUUAAAAAUUUGAAAUUAAACUAGCGUCGAAAUGAAAGAAAAGGGAACAUCGUUUUAGUUGUAACAAUCAUACAUCACACGAACUGCGAUUUCCGUAUGACUAACGUCAUUAAUUACUAACACGACGUUGGUACGAGCUCUGCUUCGACUUCGGAAUUUAAGCUCCAGUACAUACACACGAACACAAGUACAUAAACAAUUUGCGUAUCAUAAAUCUCUCUGUUCUCGCGAAUAUUUCGUAAUGAUGUAGAUCGUGACUUAUGAAUAUCAUUUUCACAUCAGAUUAUUAACCGAUUAACCGAAUCAGCAUAUCUUUGCCAUCUCUGGUUCUGGACAGCAAAAUUCGAUAAAUAGAACGCGUUGAUCUAUUCAUUCUCAAACCAUCAAGAAUAGUUAAAUUCGAAAAUCUUCUGGACUCUUUAUAUUGCUCAUUAUAUUCUCUUGAAACGUGCUUUCUGAUUACAUUUAAAAUCCGAACUAAUGAGUGGUAUAUAAUGUUUAUAGAAUUUUUUUAUUUGAUCAUAUUCGGAAGUUUGGAAAGAGAUGGUCCAACGUUCACAAUAAAUUACAUCUUAUACGAAAGAAUACGAACAGAAGAAGAAGAGAAUAUAUAAAUGACAGCAGUUUGUCAUGAUUAUAUGGACAUAUAAACAUGUAAACUGUGAACAUGAUAAAAUAGUCGAUAUUUAUAUAUUUUUUUAAUUUUUCUUGCUGGUUUUUAAUGCAGUCACAUUAUCGUGCAUUGAUUUUGACUUCUUUCUCUUUUAAUUGAAACGAAGCAGAAGCUGUACAUUGAAAGCGGACAUAGUUUUCAUAUAAAAUGUAUACCCAGAACGAGAGAAGAGUCGCGUGUAAUUUUAAAGGAAAAAAAAGGGGGACAUCCGCGUGCCAAUGCGCACGCAGUACAUACUAACAUACACAUAUACACGCUCUAAAAUCACAUACAAUCAUGAAUUAGUUAGAUAAGCCACGUGUGAAGCCAGUACAGUCCCACGGCGUGAGAGUGUGCGAAAGUAGGAGAAAGGUGUAUUUCGUACAUACACUUGUGUUUGUAGAGAGAGAAUGAGAGAAAGCUAAACAAAGUCAGAAAGAGAGGGAGAGAGUGAGAGAGAAAGAAAGAAAGAGAGAGAGAGAGAGAGAAAGCAAAAAAGAGAUAGAAAGAGAGAGAGAGAGAGAGAGUGUAUGUAUGUAUGUUAGAUGCGUGUGCGAGAGAAUAGAAAAAGCGCGAAUGAUUUCGACACGAGCAUGCAGUGGGUUUUAGCAUAAAUGAACUAUUGACAAAUGUUGUAUAUUAUUACGAAUUAUAAUGACACUAUUAUAAUUAAUUAAUUAAUUAAUUAAUUAUUAUACCCUAAUAAUGUGAAUUGAAUUUAAACGACAAAAAAUACACGAAAUGAUAAGUAA